AUGGGAUCUGUUGAUGAUAAUCAUCCCUCAGACCCAAAUAGGGUUUCGGUUUUUGAACAUCUUUCUUCUGUGGAGCAAAAUUUGGAUGGAAAUCGGUCUAAUGGUUUGGGAAGUGGGGGCCGCACAAAUCUUAACUUUGCUAAAGCGGUUGGCCGUUCUGUGGCCACGGAUCUGAAUUUUUAUCCUCUCGCGGACAAAAAGCAGGUUAGUGUCACUAUCCCAAUUGAAAUGGCGAAGGAAGCUGCAAAAGCUUAUUAUUCAGUUUUAUAUGGUUAUUUCUUGGGACCUCGUAUCCCAUUUCCUCUUGUGAAAAAUUUCGUUAAAAUGGCUUGGGGAAAGUUUGGAUUUUUGGACGCGAUGCUUAACGAGAAUGGUAUUUUUUUUUCCUUUAAAUUUAAUGAUGUAGGUGGAUGCGAUCAGGUGAUUGAGGCCGGCCCGUUGAUGAUUAGAGGUGUAUCUUUAUUUGUCCAUCGUUGGGAUCCAUCCAAGGGCUUAAAGAAACCGGAACAUUCUUCAUGUCCAUUGUGGGUGAAACUUCAUAACAUUCCCUUAGUUGCUUUCAAUAAAGAGGGUGUUAGUCGUAUUGCGAGCUUGGGUGUACCAAAGCAGAUGGAUUCAUGCACUGCAACUAUGUGUGAAAAGGCUUGGGGCAGGCCUGGGUUUGCCAAAGUUUUAGUUGAGGUUUGGGCUGUGGGAGAACUAAAAAGGAAAAUUGAGGUCGAAAUACCAAAUAUAAAUGGUGGGGAUGCCGAAAAUGUGCAAAUUCAGGUUGAAUAUUUAUGGGAGCCGGUUCAAUGUUCCCAUUGUCAAAUCUUUGGACACAAACUUUCAUCUUGUGCUAAAGCCGCUAGUCUGAAUAAAGGUAAGCAAAUUGAUGGGCGUAAAGAUGCUGAUGGGUUUACAAGAGUGGAGAAAAAGCAAUGGCGGGUCAAAGUUGGAGGUAGAUCCAAUCAAUCUAAUGCUAGGCAGGAUAAUGGAAGAAAGGAGACUGGUCCUCAUGAGAUGUCCUUGGAAGAGCAUUCCGUAAGCAAAGAUCUGGAAAAGGAAGGGAAUACGGUAACCACUAAUGUUGCGUCGGUUGAUCCUCAUAUAAAAGAGGUGAGGAACGCUUUGGGUGAUUCAAGUACGAAUGUAAAUUCCGGGGCCUCCUCUUCACAGUCUACGAUCCAUUCUAUGUCUACUUCUACCCCACUCCUUUCGUCUGUGAUAAAAAAUUUCCGGUUGCCUCGAAGGGGGGUUAUGAUAAACCCCGUCGAAGCUUCAAAUCGGUUUGGUGUUCUUGAGAAAUUAGGGGAAGAGAUUCCUCGGGUGGACUCUCAUGAAGAUGUUGUAAAUGGUGUGCAAAAUCUUGAUCGGGAUAUUCGUGAUAAUCGGGUGCAAGGGGAAAUUCCAACCUCUUCCUCAUGUUGA